AUGUAUCCAGAACACCAGCUUCGCAUCGACCGAGUGCGACUCUCGGAAAACCCGGUCGACGACUACCAGCGCACGUGGCUCGAGAGCGCGGGCAGCGGCGGCAGCGGCGGCGGAGAAGAAGAAAACACGGAGCCGCCUCUGCACGUGACUCGCGCGCAGUACCGCACGUGCGCCGUGCAAAGUUUCCACGACGUGCUAUCGACGGCGGCGGCGUCGUCGGCCAUCUCGGGUCUAACAACAGCAUCAGCAGCAUCAGCAGCGUCCACAGCUACUACCCCGACCCGUGCGGGUCUCGAUUGCUCGGAAUACAUGUUCCCAGACGUGCUGUCGUCGUCGUCGUCGUCAACAUCUUCAACAGCCCACGUGACGAGUACGGCGAGUCCGUCCCGCGACGUCCCCGCAACGGCCACCACCGCCAGUGGCGACCUCAACUCGCUCACCAAGAACCAGCAGUUCCGUCUGCGACAGAUCCAGUACUCGGACCAGCGCGUCUCGAGCGCCAUCAACCCUAACAACUGCGUCCUGUGGGACCACCACACGGGCUACGUCUUCUUCACCGGGAUCUGGCGUCUAUACCAGGAUGUCAUGCAUGCACUGGUCUCGCUGGAUCGGCCCGAUACCCAGGGCUUUGAUCGCAAAGCCCACUGCCAACUCGAGCUCGACUACGUGCUUUCCAAGUGUCUGUACGAGCAACCCCAGCCCGUGGACUCGGACGCUCACUUUUCUCGUCGCAAACCAACCUCCAAGCGUGGGUAUCGCCAUUCCAGCACCUCUGCUUCUUCUUCUUCUUCUUCUUCCUACGCCGCUAACCCUGCUGCCACGUCUGCUGCGGCGCAAACGCCCUCCGUGGCAGCCUCCUCGGCCUCCUCCUCGCCCCAUUACUCCGAUAUUCACUGGCACAACCUCGAUACGCAUUUCAAGGAAAGUCUGUGCCAGCUCUACCGCGAUACUUACCAUCCCACCCGCGAUUUCGAGUUCCAAGAUCUCAUGAAACGCAUUCGCGGCGGCUACAUCAAGAUCCAGGGCACUUGGCUGCCCUUUGAACUCACCAAAGCCAUUUGCGUACGCUUCUGCUUCCCCAUUAGAUACCUGCUAGUGCCCAUUUUUGGCCCGGAGUUCCCACAUGACUGCGAAACCUGGUACAAAUCUUUUGUAGGUUUGUUUCCACCCAAAUCGUCGUCCGCGGCCGUUUCUGCACAGACAGCUUCGUCGCCCGCUGUUACCACCACCGUGCGCGAACGACCCCAAAGACUGAAUCUUUCAGUCUCAAACUCGCUGAAAAGACCCCGCGUCGAUGCUGAGUUGCUCGAUGCCUCUCAGAACCUUUUGAAACUCUCCCGUAACAAUAUAAGUCCUCAAAGUUCAAAACAACCGGUUCCAGUUUCCCCGUUUUACCGAAACAGAGCUUCUUCCUGGAGUCCCGGGUUUUCGACUCCGCAAAAACCCGCACACCCAUAUCAGUACCAACCGCUACCUCCGAUCGGACCUCUGCUGGACUCGUUGGAACAUAAUUAUCCCUCACCACCAAGCUCGGCUACUUACAUCAUCAACAAAACCAAUGGGAGAAGUAACGCAAGCACCAAUUCCAGCGAACAUUUUUUAUCAUCUCCUUUGACCACCGAUACUCGUUAUUUCAGCCCUCCCAUGUCUCCAGGCUAUAGCACUAUGCCACAGGCACCCAAUUUUCAUGGUGUGAAUCCAAUCAACAAUUCUUACUCGAAUAAUUUCGUGGCAACUUCGAGUUCCUCUUCUGCAUUUGGCGCACGUCCCCAAUUGGCCGAUGCCUCACAUUCAUCGAUGGAAAACGUUCAUUCGAACCCAACCGCCCCGAAUAGCUUUGCCCAUUUCUACAAUUCCCACGGACACAAGUACUCUUACCCUGUUGGCAUGCAGGUCAUGUACCAUCCCAGAAACAUUCCAGUCUUCAAAGAGCAGCAACCAUCACAUAAGUCGAAUUCCUCAGGUAAGGAUGACUUUCGGGUUGGUGUUCAAUAG